GAUACUUUGAUAUUUCGGAAUGUUAGAAGGGUGAAUGUGGAGAAGUGGAGGUUGGGGAUCUAAUUACCGGGCCAUAAUUGGGGGCUGGGGAAUAGGUUGCCGUCCUCUCAACUCGCUGCAGAUCAAUUAUGUUAAGAGAACAUCUGUAAGUAGAGCUUAAUGAGGUCCAUUAGAGCAACAUGCGCUGCCUUCCCUAACGCUGCUUGUCAGCUUCUUGGAUGAGCUGGAGUGUGCUGCUGACUGGGGACCUGCUGGAGGGGCUUAAAUAGGAGAGGAGGCUCCACUCCGCAGCGCUUUCCUCCGCCGGAGAGGCAGCAGACAGACACACCGGAGCGGAGAGGAGAGGACACGGACACACCGGAGCGGAGAGGACAGACUCUGUACAGGCUCGGACCGGGACGUUUACAUGUGGCAUCCCCAAAACUUGACCCGGACUGUUCUCCAACUCCUGCCGCCUCCUUCCUCCUCCUCCUCUUUAGCGCAGCUGGAGUUCAGAGAGUUUCUGAGCGGACACUUUGCUUCCAGAGAGAGGAGAGACGCUCGGCUGCUGGGUCUGAUUCUGCGCACUCCUGGCUCUACUUCAAGGUACGGAUUUGGCUGAUUUGCUCCGAAACGCAGAGUCGAGGCUGCGCGUAACGAGCGCGGCGCGGAGAGCGGAGCGCGGCGCGGAGAGCGGACCGCCGCGUCCGUCCUCAGCGCGGGGUGAGGAGGCUCUGUGCAGUGAGUGCGUUCGUGUGUGUGUGUUUAAAGGUGUGUUUGAUGAAGGUGUGUGUUUUAGGCGAAUGUUCCCGCUCGUGUCUCCGUGCAGCGGUCUGUUCGUCUCCGCUUCCUCCAUCCUCCGCUCCCAGAGAGAGGGGGGAGGAGGGGUGAGGAAGAGCCGGAGCGAGCGGUGAGUGAAGGCAGGGUGAGAGAGGUGGCAGCCUCACACACUCUGCAGCAAAUAGCGUGAUUAGGGAGAUAGCGCGCGCUGGAAUAAUUCAAUCCGUGACCAAAGCUAAUUAGAGUCAGGUAAUACCUGUCAGCUUUAAUGCAGCUCAUCACUCACGGCGCGGCGCGAGCUGCGCUUUAUGACCCAUCUCAUUAUCUGCCCGCUUGGGCUGCAGCCGCACGCCAACUCUCCCCCCUGUCUCCUCCUCCCCCCCUCCCUCCUCACCCCUCACAGGAAUAGUUAAGAGCAGAAGUUGUCAGGGACACGGCCGGAGGGUGAGUGGGGGACAGGGGGGGACUGAACCCGGAGUCUCAGACUCUUCAGGACCACAGCAGGUCGAUGCACUAUAUAAAUGAUUGGGGGGGUUAAUGUUGAUUUUUAAAAUUUCACAAUCUAACACUUGCCGUAUUUUUCGCACUAUAAGACGCACCUGAUUAUAAGGCGCACCAUCGAUGAACGCGUCUAUUCACGUCCAUUUUCAAACAUAAAGCGCACCGGACCAUAAAGCGCGUUAAGCCAAACAAAACAGUCAGAUAAGUCAAACUUUAUUUGCCUCAUUCAAUAACUCCGCGAGGAUACGGUAGCUGCAGCGCUUCGACAUGCCAAACGGAUUUUAAGUGCGCCUUAUAGUUAGAAAAAUACGGUAACUGGUUCAGAAAUCUCCAUGGCAACCAAUCAUGCGCCAUCCUUUUCUGAGAGGCUCUUCAUUAGUUUAAUCUAAACCUGAAUAUCUGUGAGGUGACAUUGUGAUAUAUAGUGUGUGUGUGUGUGUGUGUGUGUGUGCGCGCGCAUAGGGCUGGGCAAUAUGUGAAAAGGUUUAUCACGAUGUAUGUCCAUGAAGAUUCUCGUUCAUCCAGGUCAUGGUUAUCUUGAAGGCAAAACGUCUUCUAAACACAGUCAUGUUGCCUGAUUUUGGAGUCUUUGAGAUCUUUUUUUUUUUCCUAUCAGCUGAUAUGGAUCAAUAUCAGGAUAUAAGAAUAAAAUCUAACAGUGUUUAUUGGUCUCAUGUCUUUUCCAACGCAAUAAUCUCCUGCAUCUGUGAGGUCUUUGUGUCUCUUUGGCGUUUGGUCGUAAGGCGUCGCUCUAGAGAAAGCCGACUGAAUGUUUCGGCUGCACAGGCGCCAUGGGCUCCUCGCUCCUCUCGGGGUGUGUAACCUUUUGCGUUGUGCGUGCUCGUCUUUUUUUCUAACAGUGCUGUCGACUUGUUAUGUGCUAUGGUUGCGUGUAGCUGCUGUCUGCUAUGACACAGUUGUUAUCAUUGGCUAUAGUCUGCUAAAACAUGUCAGAAUGCCGACUAUUGAAAAGCGUAUUGAUCAUGUUUUAUAUUGACAUUAAGGGAAAUUAAUUUUUAAUAUAUAUUGUUAUCGUUUUAUCGAGAGUUGUUCAGAGGCCUCAGUUUGAUGUGAUGAAGCGGAAACACUGAGCGCUGAUACUCUGAUAUGUUCGGACUCGUCCUCUUCAGUCGGUGUGUUCGAUUGUAAAAAAGGAUUUAUCUGAAGGGAGAGUAUUUUAGGUGGAGGUGUCUGAGACCUGGAUGGAGCUUGAUGGAGGAUUUUCUCAGAUCCUGAAAACACACAUGAACGGCUGCUGGAGUUUGAGGAGUAAAUAGGAGGAAAAGAUGAAAAUUUGUAGAUGAACUUGUGUCCGACUCGGCCUCUUUAAGUCCUGAUUAUCAUCAACAUGUAAGAGUGUUUCUCAUUUCUCAUCCUUUGCUCUGAUGUGAUUGUUAUCCUGGACUGAUGAGAACAGUUCUGAUGUCAAAUAUGUUGGUAUUAUCAAACUCAUGAAGCUGACACUGACUGAUGCUCUCCGUUUAUUUCACAGUAAAAACAUUGAGUCUGUCCUGAACUGGAAUGAACCCGUUUCUCUGACAAACAUCUGAUUAGCGUUUAAAUGAUAAACACAGUCGGUGCUGCAUCUGUCUGUUUCUGUCACUGUGAUUAUCUACAGCAGUAUUUGAGUAUUUAACAGUCUGGAUUAAACAGUCAGGCUUAGUUAAACCCGACUUUUACGACCGAAAACCUUUUGGACUCAUGGGUCCACUUUGACUUAAAUCACCUGUCCCCCUCUGUACCUGCCGUCCUCUCCCCUUUACCUGGGACAGGUACGCCUCGACCUGAGGGCGGGGUCAGACUUCUGUCUCUCUCUUAUGAUUGGUUGUUUGAGGUUGUUUGAUCUCUGCAGUGGUGGAAACACCUGUAGCUGCUGUAGGCCACACCUGUGUUCACCUGGGUCAGACAGGUGAGGGAGGGGGGGGGGGGUCAGCUGAGGGGAGAGAAAGUGAAGAGUGAGUGAGAGAGAGAGAGAGAGAGAGAGAGAGAGAGAGAGAGAGAGAGAGAGAGAGAAUCAACCUGAGAGAAAUAGAGGGAGGGGACUCUCUCUCUCCCCCACCCCACCCCACCUCUCUCUCUCUCUCUCUCUCUCUCUCUCUCUCCCCCACCCCACCUCUCUCUCUCUCUCUCUCUCUCUCUCUCGCUCUCUCUUUCACACACACUCACUCACUCACUCACCCCCCCUCUCUCUCUCUCAGCUGUGUGCCUCGUGCAGCUCGUGCAGCUCCGCUCUGAUUGUUGGUUGGUGGAUUAGGUGGUCGCUGCGCGCGGAGGGUAACCGUCUCUUUGUCGUGCUGUCAUUCGCUGCCUGUUUCUCUCCGCGCGCGCAGCUGCUCCGGUCCUCGCGGUGAUCUCCGUUCCUCCUCCGUCUCUCAUCUCUCUCUCUCUCUCCCUCCAUCUCUCCCUCCCUCUCUCGGCUCUGCUCCCUCCGUCUCCUCCUCCUCCUCUUUCUCCUCGGUCUCCGCUCCUCCCUCCGCGCCCGCAGCUCUGGAUCUCUCCCCCGCGAACAAAGCCUGAUCUCUCCCCCGCUCCCGGCUGCCUGAUCCCGGCUGCCCGAUCCCGGAUCCCCCCCUCCCCUCCCCUGCAGUCAGCGGCUCUCCGCUCCGCUCCGGUCCGGCGGAUCCGGGUUGCAUGGUGGAGCUUCGGCGGCUUCAGCGGCUCAACAAAUGCAGAAAAGGGAGAAAAGUUUCGGUAAGAUGCUGCGUGUGUGUGCGGGCGAACGGCCCGUUUCAGGGCUGUGCGUGUGCGUGUGUGUGAGAACAGCGUCAAAGGAUCCGAUCUUGAUCGGACCCGGUCUCUCCCGAUCCGGUUUAUUGUGAUCUGUUCGUGUUUUGAGGGUCUCUCUCCGCGGUGUGUCCGUGAACGCGUCACGGCAGACUGACUGUUGGUGUUACUGUGUAUGUGUAUGUGUGUGUAUGCGUGUGUGUGCGUGUUAAAUCCGUUAUUGGCCUUUACAGCUCUCCGCUGCCAUGGCAACAGUAAUUAAAGUGAUCGGGUGAAAUGUCAGCAUCUCUCCGAACAGCUGCGACUGAAAUAGCUGCUCCGCUCAUCCCGCUCACUCCCCCGCUUACACCGGGGACACUCCGGGGACACCGGGCUGCAUGUGGUCGGGACAGGCGGAGACAGCAGCGAGGAGAGGAGGAGGAGAUAAGGAGGAGAGGAGAAGAGGAGAGGAGCAGCUCCUGAACAGAGGAGAUGUGAUCUGUCUCCUGCAGCUGUGAGUCUCUCUGCUGCUGAAUGUGAAGCUUUUGUUCCGCUUCCUCCUCUCCUCCUCUCCCUCCUCCUCUCUUUCCUCCUCCUCUCCUCAUGGAGGGCUGCUGUUUCCUGGUAGCAACUCUCUCUCUCGCUCUCUCUCUCUCUCUCCUCCUUUCUUUGGUAAUGAGCUGACUUUGUGCUGAAAAAGAGUCGGCUCCACUCUGAGUCCAUCAGGAGGAAACACUGAUCUGAUCUACAGCCUGUUAGUGAUUCGCCGCUGAAAUAUAGUUCAACAGGAGAGGAGGAGAGGAGAGGAGGAGAGGAUGCUCUCUGUGAUAGAUUUCUUUCGUCUGUCCUGAGCUCUUUCUUUCAGUCCGACUCUGAUUCAAACUCUGAUUUUAGAGCGUUAAAGACUGAGACAGACGGAGUCACUAACAGCCGUCAGGUUCAUUCAGGUUCUGUCAGGGUUUGUCUGGUUCUGGUGUCAGAGUCUCGGACCGUCUUCCUGUUGUCACAAGUUUAAACCAGGGAACAUUGAAAACGCCAAAAUCUCACAGGAGGGUCAGACUGAGCCAUCACUAACGACAACAAACUAACCUACAACUAAACUACGACUAAACUAAACAAACUAAACUAACACAAAUUAAACUAUAACUAAAUUAUAACAAACUACAACAGCAAACUAACCUACAGCUGUAACUAAAGGACUAAUGUUUAACUGUGAGCGUGAGUGUUUAUAUGUGUGUGUUGUUGUUUGAGGACAAAGGGGAGUGUGUGUGCACGUGUGUGUGUGUGUGUGUGUGUGUGUGUGUGUGUCCUCCUUGGGGAGCAGCAGGAGAAUACUAAUUCAGCCCGGUGCUGGGGGUCCAACAAAGACUCUCCUCAGUCAGCUCAGGACAGACAAUACAGAGACCACGCCCCCUUUCUCGCUCGCUCUCACUCUCUCUCUUUCUCUCACACACACACAAACACACACGUGCACACACAUGCACACACGCACGCACAGAGGAGGUCAGGAGGACAGAAAGUGUUCUUUGUGUCUGUGUGGGCUCAAACAUUUAAACUGUUUCUGCUCAAAUUGAUCUGGACACACACACACACACACACACACACACACACACAGCUGUUUCCUCACCUCCUUUCCUCUCCUCCUCUCCUCCUAACCCUUGUCCCUCAGUCGUCACAGCUGCUCUUUAACAGUAGGAUUCUGUCAGAAUUAAAAACCACCUUAAAUGAGAAAAGAUGAGAGUCUGAGAGGAUGAGAAACGAUGAUGAUGACGAUGACGAUGAUGAAGAUGAUCAGCUGGUCUGCAGCUGCAGGGGCGUGUCUGAGCCCGGGUCACAGUCUUGCUCACAGAGUCCGUUAAAAACAGUUUUUCAGGUUUAUUUUCAGGAGUCUCAGUCCUUUAAACCGGUUCACAGUCGGACCAACAGGGUCAGUAAAUGAUCAGGAACAGAGGGGUUUACAGCCGAGUGUCAGACCCGGAUUCAGACCCAGAUUCAGACCCGGUUCAGCACAAACAGUAACUAUCCAGACUCUGAACCCUUAAAGCCUGGACUAAACCCGUCCAGAGUCUGUUUUCAGGGUCCACACUGAUCACCUCCUGUUCCUGAUUUUAACAGUUUGAGGUUUUUGUCUGAAACUCUUUUUAAAUAAAUGAUUUUAAUUAAUAUUUCUGUAGCUGUUUAAAUAAUUACAGAUAAUUAAUGAAUAUUUCUCUGAGUAGUUUCCUCUCAGCUCAGAGUUAAAAACACAUUUCCUGUCUGUAAACAAAACCUGUUAUUAAAUUUCUACAGCAGCAUUAUUAUCUUUAUUUUUAUCUUAUUUAGAAAAAAACGAAGCUCUGACUUUAUUUCACUCUAAUAUUAGUCACUAUAUUUCAGUAAAAUCAGAUUAAAUCAGUGAUGAAGUUAAACCUCCUCAGAAGUGUGUAAAUAUAAAAAUCAGAAUUAAAAAUGAUUUUAUAUUUCUUUUUAAUUUUAUGGAUUUUAUCGACACAAACAUUUAAAUUUCCUGCUCAGUGUGACUAUCAUCAUUGUUGAAUAUUAAUGUUGUUUCUAUUUUCAUUUAAAGGUUUUAAAUAAUAAAAUUAAAAUCAUCAAACUCUGUUUAUUCACAUUAAAUUUAUUAAAUUAGGAUUAAUGUUUCCCUCCAUAUUCCGUUAUAAUGAUCGACAUAAACAGCAGCAGGUCUGAGCCUCAUUAAAAAAAAAUAUUAAAAUUAUUAAUAUGACAAAAAUCAAAAUAAUCAGCUGGUCAGCUCAGGUUAAAUCAGAGUGUGUGUGUGUGUGUGUAUUAUCAGGUAUUAUUAAAGUCUCUCCAUGUAAAAUAAUGAGCUGUAUUUUGUAAAUAAACUCACUCACUAAAGUCACUAAAGCUCCUCUCUCCGUUCAGUUGAUGAAGAAAAACUCUGAACUCUGUCCAGAUUUUUUCUCCCAAUUUUUUUAUUUUUAUGGAAAAUUAAAACCUGAGUUUUUUUUUUUUUAAAGACGUGAUUUUACCUGCUGCGUGUAAAAACAGAGAGAGAGAGAGAGAGCGGAGACAGACUGACCGGCUGAGUUUAAAACCAUCAUCUCACCUCCUGUGUGUUUGGAUUCAUGUUCUCACUCCUGUCAGCAGAAACACACCCGCUCUUCCUCUUCCUCCUCUUCGUCUCUGUCAGAUGAGUCUAAUUGUCGUCUCUGUCUCAGGUAUACAGAUGCUGUCCGUCCAGCCGGACACCAAGCCUAAAGGCUGUGCCGGCUGUAACCGGAAGAUCAAGGACCGCUACCUGCUGAAGGCGCUCGAUAAGUACUGGCACGAGGACUGUCUGAAGUGCGCCUGCUGUGACUGCAGGCUGGGAGAGGUGGGCUCCACGCUCUACACCAAGGCCAACCUCAUCCUGUGCCGCAGAGACUACCUACGGUAACACACACACUCACACACACACACACACACACACACACACAGUCAGGCCCUCGUCAUCCUCACUCACUCAUGAACUCUUCUUCUCACUGCGGGGAAUCGAACUCUGUCCGCCCGUGUCUCCUCUGAACUGAUUUAUCAACAAUAGUUAAAAUCAUUUAAAGUUAAUUUAUUUUUUGAUGAAUUUUUUUUUUUAAAUUUAUUUAUUUCAAUCACAAACUCUAAAUAAAUGUGAGGUUAUUUAGAGUUUUAAUUUAUUUCACUUUUUCAUUUAAUUUAAUAAUUUUAAUUCCAACAUGUUUAUAGAUAUAUAUGUAAUAGAUCAGUGGUUCUCGACUUGUCCUGAAGUCAUGACCCACUUUUAUAGAAUUCAAACCAAUUAAAUUUUGUUUUUAUUAAAGAAAAACCUUUAAAGACUCAAAUCUUUAACAUAAAUCCACCGUUUUUAUUAAGUAAAGUGCAUUUGAGAGCACAUGAACUGAGAAUGACAACUACCGAAGUUUCGUAUACAGAAAAUAUCAAAACAAUAUCAAAUUGCACAAAAUAAGCUUUUUUUUUCAAAAUAAAAGACAUGUCAAACAUCAGAUGUUCGUUACAUAUUUACUUUGUCCGCGACCCACUUUUGGGUCAGGACCCACCAGUUGAGAACCACUGUAAUAGAUCACACUGAUGACCCGUCAGCCAAUCAGGACGGGUUAUUCUUCUGCGUGUUCUUCUUCUGCAGAUGUUUGUUUUUACGUCACUGUGAUGUUGGUGCUCUGCAGGUGUAGACGCUGAAGAAAAGGUUCUGUUCUGGUUCUGUCUCACUGAUUAGAGACCCGGUGUUGUUAGUGUGGCGGUGUGUGUGUGUGUGUGUGUGUGUGUGUGACUGGUGUGCAUGUUUAUAUUUGAGUCAUGUGACCCUCAGGUACAGACCCACCUGUGUUCAGAGUGUUUAAUUAAAGAGCUGCUUUCAGUCACUCAGGUGUAAAUUAUAAAACAGACUCAUAUGUUUUAUUCAUAAUAUUAAUGAUAUAUUAACAUAAAUAUAUAUGUUUUAUUUAUAGUGUUAGUAUGAUAUAUUAACAUUAUUUAAUAUCUACAUUAUUAUUAUUGUUAAUUUUUUUUAAUUAACGUCAUAAAUGAUUUAUAGUAAUUAUAUUUAUGACUGAAGAAGCUGGUCUGUUUGACAGGUGAAGUUAUUAUUCAGCUGAGAGUUUAGAAAACACACACUUCUCAGAGUCACAUUUGUACUAACGUGUGUGUGUGUGUGUGUGUGUGUGUGUGUGUGUGUGUGUGUGUGUGUGUGUGUGUGUGUGUAUGUGUUGGGGUUUGUAACCUGGACUCACCUGUGGUUCCUGCAGGAACUUCAUGUUUUAGAAUCCAUCUCUCUGUGUUUCUGCUGCCAGACGGUCAGAUUUGGAUUAUUUCUCUGGUUCAUAUCCUGUUCAGGUCUGUCUGUGGUCUUUUCAGGUCUGGAUGUGUUCUUUACACGUCUGUCUGUGGUUUUUUUCAGGUCUGUGGUUUUUAUCAGGUCUGUCUGUCAGUCAUUGUUUUUCGACCCUCGUGGUUUAUCGCUGCUCUUUGGAAACUCUUUUGUGUUUUUUCACUGUGAAGCUCUGAUGCUGUUUUCUCUUAGACUCUGAACUCCUGAGUUUGUCACAUUUACUGCCAUUUAAGUGUGCGUGCGUAAGUGUGUGUGUGUGUGUGUGUGUGUGUGUGUGUUUGUGGCAACUCUGUGGUUAAAAUCCUAAAACUGUUGAGGAUGAUCUGAUGUUUAAAACAGCAGGAAAUAUUCAGUCAGUCAGUCUCCCAGUGAGUUUAAUGAGAUCUGACUGACUGCUGCCUAAUGUCUGUCAGGUGAAUCAUGAUUCUGAAGAAAGAGUCUCUUUAUUUUCAUUUUAUCUAGUGGGCGGGGUCAGGAAGGUGUGAUUCAGAUUGUGUUUGGCCACGCCCACUUUGUUCCAGAAUCGGUCCAAAUACUGAACAGCUAUUACUUUAAAAAUUACUUUAUUUAUUUCUGUUACAUCAGGAUUCAGAAAAAAACAGAGAGAGAGGGGACAGGAGGAGGAGGAGGAGGAGCAGGUAACUACAGGAACUCCUCUGACAAACACAGUUUACCUUUAAUAAUGAAUAAACUGUCAAUUUAAAUCAAGUUUUAGUUCAAUGAGACUCUGUGACGAUCAGAAACUUCAUUAAUUCAUAAAUACAGAGCAAUAAAUACAUAAAUUUAACACAAACACACAAACACAUGAGCAGGACUGAAGUGGAGACUGAAACGGUUUAUUCUGUGUGAGUCCUGACAUCGAAGGGUUAAAUCUGAGAAUAAAUACAACUCUGUGUGUGUGUGUGUGUGUGUGUGUGUGUGUGUGUGUGUGUGUGUGUGUGUGUGAACACAAUUGCAGGUAUUAUCUCCUACAGUUUGAUGUGUGUGUGUCUGGAUGCAGCGAGAACAUUUUAUCUGCAAAUGAUGCUCGAAGAAAAACACACACACACACACACACACACACACACACACACACACACACACACAUAUACAGUACGGUGUGAAAAGCUGCAUCAGUUAAUGGAAAGUGUAAAUCCGGGCAGCAUGCUGGUGUUUGUAGCGAGCAGCAGAACUACGCUUAUUUAUUUAUUUGUGUUUAUUUUUUUAUUUAUUUAGGUAUAAAAUUAUAAAUUCAUAAUUUAAAUGAUUCAUUUAUUAAUCAGUUUAUUUAUUUUUCCAUCAGACUUUUAUUUUCCUCCACACUGACCCUCAGAUUAUAAUUACAAACUCACAGAGCUGUCACACACUGAGAGUUUAGCAGAAAUAUCAGGUUAUAAUCCGAUUAGAUUAGAUCACAGACUCCACCUCACCAUCAGCUCCUCCUCUUCAUUACUUCUUCUUCUUCUUCCUCUUCUUCUUCUUAGUCUGUUCGUAAGUGUGACUCCUGCGUCUGUCUGAUUAUUAUCAUUAUUCUGAGUCUUUUCCUGGAGGAAGGUGUUUGUCUGUAAGAACCUGCAGGUCUGAGAGGAACCUCCCCUCUGAGGUAUCGGUCCUGAUGUUGGACUCGGACCCUGAAAUUAUUGAGAUGAGUUACUCUGAGCGUCAAACUGAACCGACUCUCUUUGUUCACUCUCAGCUGUUUCUCUGCUCCAGCACCUUAGCUCUGUUUGAUGCUUUUAUUUUGGCGGGUUGUUUUGAAGGAUGUUGUUCUGUGAAAGGUUAGAGCGCCCGCCGGGCUGCUGAAUGCCACCAUCAUCACUAACUCUGUCCUCCUGCAUUAAACACACACACACACACACACACACACACACACACACACACACACACACUCUGUUGUCUUCACUCUCCAGUUUUCUGCAGAUUAGUUGAAUCAGAGAGUUUUACUGUUUUAUGUUUGAACUGUAAAUAAUCUGAUAAUUUAAUCUCCACUCAUCAGACUAGGGCUGGGCGAUAUGGGAAAAAGUUAAUCAGGAUAUAUUUAUUUUCCUAUCAGCUGAUAUGGAUCAAUAUCAGGAUAUAAAAAUCUAACAGUGUUUCUUGGUCUCAUGUCUUUUCCAACACAAUAAUCUCCUGCAUCUGUGAGGUCUUUGUGUCUCUUUGGCGUUUUGUCGUAAGGCGUCGCUCUAGAGAAAGACGACUGAAUGGUCGUCUGUUUCGGCUCCUCGCUCCUCUCGGGGUUUGUAACCUUUUGCGUUGCGCGUGCUCUGCGGCGUGGCGCUGCUUCAGGUGGUGAAAAAGAUUUGAGGUAUUCCCCGACUUUGUGAGAACAUGUACUCGACAUAAUUUACAGUCCACAUUACUCUGCUUCAUGUCCGACCUCCAAAAACCAAAAUACCUCCACACCACCGACGUUUUCCUAACGCCAGUGUUGUGGUUGACAUUGAUGUGGUCAUCUGUUGAGCCUUCAUGGUCAUUUCUGUCGGGGGUAGCACUCAUUUUCUUUGUUUCUCACCAACAGUGCUGUCGGCUUCACCUGUUAAAGUGCUAUGGUUGGGUGGAGCUGCUGUCUGCUACGACUUUGCUGCAGUUGGUUGAUACUUGGUUCUAAUUCAGAACAUGAUUGGUUCAGACCCGGAGAAACUCCCCUUUUCAUUGGCUGUUCGUAUAGUUUACCAAAACAUGGCAGAAUGACGACUAUUGAAAAGCAUAUUGAUCAUGUUUUAUAUUGAUAUUGAGAGAAAUCGAUUUUUGAUGUAUAUCGUUAUCGUUUUAUCGUCCAGCCCUAAAUCAGACCCAUGCUGCUUUCAUCUCCUCUGUGAGGAUGUUGUGAUGGAGAAUCUGGAUCAGCUGUUCCGUUGACCUCCACCUCUGAACUUUUAUGUUCCUCUGAAAUCUGAACUUUACGAUCUUAACGAACUUUUACGUCCGUCAGAUCUUAUUUCUAAGUCGUACCAUUUUGACGUAAAGUUUUGUUGAGCAGAGACUGACGUGUCAUGGCGUCUCGAACCGUCUGUGAUGAUCUUCAGACUCAGAUCUUUGUUUUCACAUCAGUCAGCAGUUAUUAAAGAAGAAGCUUCAUUUACAGACGUUUCUCUGUUGAACAUGUUUUAUUCAGCGACGCAGGUGUGUGUGAAGGUGAGCUGUACACCUGGAACCGACUGAGCAUGCUCAGACAGAGAGAGGAGAGUUUGAGGAAUCGAGCAUUACAUCAUCCCUUUCUAUCGUCCAAUCAGAUCGAACCGUUGAUGGAUUUAUCCUGAGAGGAGUUCGCUCAGACAGACCGGGCUGAACUGGUUUGAACCGACCCGUGUGUGAGCGCCGAGUCCGUGUCUUCAGGUGUUUGAGCCUCGGUGAUGAGGACGUCUCGCUCCGUUCACGCUCAGAUCUGAUACUCGGUUUAAACAGCCGCCCCGCCCGUGGUCAGGGUGAUGGCGAGCGUCCUUCAGUCUCUUUGAACCGUCGAGCUCUUCAGAGAAUUUUCUGGAAUGUGGCUUCAUUCAGACUCUGAUUGAAUCUGCGUCUCCACAUUACAAAGAAACACUCAGAGCACAAAGAGCCUGUCCUGACCACACACACACACACACACACACGCACACACACACACACACACACACACGCACACACACUCUCCUGUGAUGUCGUUAAUCAGCCUCUCCAUCACUCAGAGAUGAUUACCUGAGUCUAAUGACACAACCAGGAAACUUUCUUUGAAGUCUUUGUGAGUUUCUCCCCCUCUCUCUCUCUCUCUCUCUCCCCCUCUCUCUCUCUCUCUCUCUCUCCCUCUCUCCCCCCUGCAGACUGGUAGACCUGCUCACUGAGCUACAAGGUGAACUAUUCUCUGGCAUGUGUUAUUAUUAAUAACUGCCGUAGCGAGGGGUCACCCAGCGCCGCUCGCUGUAAAGCUCCCCGGGCGAGCCAAGUAGGCCACAGCUGGGCGUGCUGUAAAACAAUACUCCCCCCUUCCUCCCCCUCUGCUCUCCCCCCCCCCGGAGGAGCGGUGCUGCUUAAAACAAGAAUAAUGCAUGGGGGAGAGAGGGAGCGGUGAAAAAUGAAGAUGUCACCGCCGCGCUGUGAGCGAGCGAGCGAACCUUUAGCUCAGAGUAAGAGGAGGGCGAGCUGGACCGUUCUCCUCCUGAUGGCGGCGUUAGAUCCGGCACUGUCAGCUGAUUGGAGGACUCUGGUCACAGUCACUCUUUCGUGGCGUUUUCAUGGAGUCAUGAAGAUGUCCUCUUAGUUUCUGACGGUUUAGAGUCUGAAGUUCAGCAGGUUGAUAUUUGAAGUCAGGAGUGAUGGAGAAGUGGGCGGAGCCAUGGCAGCGUCGAACCACAAGGUCACCACAGCCGGGACCUCGGUCAUUUUUCAAAAUAAGAGUAAAUAUUCUAAGAGACUAAUCAGUGUAGAAAGGACGAGAUGAGUCUUACUUUGAAAAGCCCUGGUCUGUCUCUCACACAGACACGGGUCCAGGUUCAGAGGGUCGGACUGAAUCAGUUUUCUGUCUCUCGGGUCGAUCGACCUGACAUCCACGCUCCGGCUCAGAGAGGCCGACACGCUGCUGAGGUCGGCCCAGAGAGAGGGCCUGCAGAGCGGACAGUCUUCACGAGACGAGGGCCCGUCUGUUCGAUUUAACUCUCCAGAGAAAUAAACAAACACCCUCAAAUUCUAAUUUUUUUAUUUUAAUCAAACACCUGCUCGUAUUUUUUAUCUCCAUUUCUCAGAGGAAAGUUCACAGACGUGGAGGAGGGGGUCAGCAGAUACUGAACUAUCAGAGUUUGUGUCCCUCAGCUGCUGAUGUGAGAGAGUUCUCCUCCCGCUCCUGAAACACGGAGCUGCUCUGUCGUCUGUUCGAGCGUCAGCUGAAACUGAACCAUCAGGUGACUGCAGAGACUCUCCGUCUGCAGACUCUCCUCUGUUUUUGUGUUUGUGUGUGAAGUGGGCUGUGGUGUUUCCUCCCACUCUGAGUCUGAGAGCGAAACUGAGAGUGGGACGAUCUCAAAGAUGUUUGGAGGAGAAAAGAUCCAGAUUUAUUUCUGCUGCUGCUCAGAGCGAGAUCCCGCCGUCUCCACAGCUCAGCAGGUUUCCUCUGCGGUGAUUUAAACACCUGCUGCAGUCAAUUAAUAAUCGGGUUUAUGAACCGUUUGGAGGGAAAAAAGGAUUUUACAUAAAUAACCAUUUUACAAAGUUUGGAAAAUGACUGAACUGUAACCAAACAUCCAAUCAGAGGUGAUCAGAGGAGGAUCUGUCUGAAGGUCAGCGAAUAAUCAAACAUUUAAUCCGACUCAGGGACGGGAAACUAGUGUUUUAAUUUCAGUUUUAGUCAAUCUGUCAUUUUAGUUUUUAUUAGUUUUAGUUUAAACUCAUUUUUGUUUGGUCGAGUUUUAGUCGAUGAUUUUAAUCUCUUUAAUAAUUUAAUUCUGUUUAACACAGUUAAUAUAGUUUAAUUACCUAGUACAGUCAAGAAUAGAUCAAACUAAAUUUUUCUUUUGGUGAAAUCCAUUUCACAAAUUAAACUUGGUUUUCUUAUUAUUAUAUUAUUGUUACUUUAGAGACUCAAGAAAAAAACAUCCGUUCAGACUGAUCAACAGAUUUAUUUGACCAAACAUGGCGGUACACACACAUGAAUUUAAAUUAUUAAAUUAAACACACCUGUGUUCGGCUGGACAGUGUAAAAUAUAAAGUGUCGUUACAUCAGUGUCUUAAUUUUCAGACCUUCAGAUGACUUUUUAGAUUCCUGGUGUUUUUCACGGUUAUUUUACGGCCACAUUUCCCCUUUUUUUUUCUUUUUCCACGACACACACGUCCGUUUUCUUUUCCACUUGUUUGUAAUUGAAGUCUGUCCAGAUAUCAUUUCUUAUUUUUCUCCCCGACAACCCGACCAUGACUCAAACUCACCCAAAAACGUCUUUACCCACCACAUCUAAAAAAAACGCGAGUUAGGGGGUUGAGGAUGGGAUGUCACCGAGGAAACAGAAACAAUAACAGCACGACUGAAUAAUUCCGUCUUGUCUUGUUUAAGUCACGUGAUAAAGGUUCAUUGACGACGAUAAUCAGUUAAUCCGUUUGUCCGAUAAUCAGCUGUUCAUGGAGCUCGUCUCUUUUCACCGUGAAGCUGAGACUGUAGAGAAACAGGAACAUGUUCUCUGUGUGAGUCAGCAUUUACAGUAAAACUCAGACCCACCACAGACAGAUUCAGAAGGGGGUCUUCAGGUUGACGAGGACAGCUCGUUAGUUUGGAGGCGUCCCUCGUUGCUGAUUGGUCGGCUCACCUGUUUGUAAACUUCACGGCUAACUCUCCAUCGUUCAGUCAUGAUGUCUAACAGAUGUCCCACAUGGAGACCACCAUGUACCCCCCUCACAGACCUGUUCCUGUGUUUUCAGCGUUGUUGUGUGUUGGUCGUCCCUGAGCGCGGUCUGACAGGCGGCCUCACUCCGUCAGGUUGAUCUAAUUCAGAUUAACCUGCUAAUGAAAAAUUCAUCCACUCAGUUACUUUCUGCGAUUGAACACAUCCAUCAUCUUCUGCUGCUUUUUCCACGACUGCGGAUCAUGUGACCGGCUGUCACAGAGGGAGGGGUCAGGGAGGUCUGUAACGGGCGGUCACAUGAUUUACAGGAAGGGGGUUCAGUAAUGAAUAUUGACUGGUUCUGUGUUAAAUUCAUCCGAGCACAUCGAGCAUUCAAACAUCUCCUCCUCCUCCUCCUCUCCGUCAGAUCUCCUCUCUCCUUCAGAUUAACCUCCCUGGCCUUAAUAAACGCUCUGUAUUGACUUCAAAGGGAGGGGGUGGUGCUAUGCCUUAUGGGAAGUGGAUGUGGACCUGUUUAAAGACCCCGAGCCGGUCCCCUCCUCCUCCUCCUCCUCCUCCUCCUCUCAGUAAUGGUUUCUUUCCUCUCCUGAAUCUGCUCCUCUUUGUCUUUUUAAUUAAAGCUGGGUGCAGUUUGGAGCUGUUUGACCCCCCCUGCCCCCUCUUUAUGGGGGGGCUGCAGGUCAUUUCCAUGCAUAUAUUAACCCCCCCUCUCCUCCUCCUCCUCCUCUUCCUCUCAGGCAGUGAUCCUGAAGGCUUUACAGAUUAGCGGCAGGUUUGAGUCGGGAGUAUCGCCUGGUUUUAAUCUGUGAUGAGCGAGAGAAAGUAAAAUGUUAAAGGGAGCGAACGUGGAGACAGUUUAGAGCUUCAGGAUUCAGGAGGGAGGAGAAUCAACACGACGUAGAAGACGACACGUGAUGGAUGUGAUUUCAAUAAAAGGUGGGGUAGACAGAGAAGCAUCUUAUUUUGUGGUGUAUAAACAAAAAAUCUUCUAAUAUCAGUCAAUAGUUAUUAGUUAUUGAUGACAUUUGGUAAUAUAUCGAUAUCUCUGUGUUCUCUCAUGUCUGUGUCGUCAACAUUUAAACAUUUUUGAGCGGUCCGCUCUUUCUGACUGUAAACAAAGCCGUUCUCCACCUCCUCUAACCUGAUUGGUUGUGAGGCAGACGCUGCUCCCCCGUGUCGUUCAGGAGCCCAAACAAAGUUAGCGUGCUACAAUAUCGGACAGUAGAAACCAACCAGAAAGUUCGGAAAAUUGUCUGAAUCCUCCUUUGGCCACGACUGCCGACACAAGCAAGAAAACACUCAAACAUAAACAGUCAGCAAGAAAACAGUCAGCAAGAAAACAGUCAACAAGAAAACAGUCAGCAAGAAAACAGUCAACAAGAAAACAGUCAACAAGAAAACGUCAACCGUAAUCAGUCAACAAGAAAACACUCAACCAUAAACAGUCAACAUCAAAACAGUCAGCAAGAAAACAGUCAACCAUAAACAGUCAGCAAGAAAACAGUCAACCAUAAACAGUCAGCAAGAAAACAGUCAACAAGAAAACAGUCCACACCAAAACAGGCAACAAGAAAGCAGUCAACAAGAAAAUGCUGCUCCCCCGUGUCGUUCAGGAGCCCAAACAAAGUUAGCGUGCUACAAUAUCGGACAGUAGAAACCAACCAGAAAGUUCGGAAAAUCGUCUGAAUCCUCCUUUGGCCACGACUGCCGACACAAGCAAGAAAACAAAGUAAAUACCGGAGACUCUGGAGGAAUAACGGGCGCUUAAAACGGAGGUAGACCGGACAAGAGCUAAAAAGCCGGGUCAACAUAAACGAUGGGGGACGCUUGGGGAUCUUGGUGACCCUGUAACCUUUCUGCUGGACAGGUAAACCGCUUUAACAAAGUAAGACAAGUGUCUGUAACUGAAGUGUUUCUUGUCAAACGGACCUGCUGUAGCGUGUUGUAGCGCCAUCGCUAAACUGUCCUCCCUCGGGUCCUGGACUAUGUCACUUUAUCCUCGUUGUAGAAGUCCUGCAAACAUUGUGUUUGCUGGUAGUCUGUUGGCAUCUACAGUAGCACCAAUGCUUUUGACUUUCACCUUGACUGGGCCCCAUUUGUAAUGAUCUGAAGUAUUUAUCUGCAUUAUAUCGGAAUUUAAUUGGAACGAUACGAGCGAGCAGGAGCGUCUGUUUGUGGGCGGGGCUUAAGAGAGGGAGAGGAGGAGCUGAGGGGAAAACUGGUUGGCAGGGGUAACAAAGAACUAGAAAUCAUAGAUGCUGCAUCUCUAGACUCUAUAGAAAAGUGGUGAAGUCAUAACAUUGAGAGCGCCCCCUGCUGACUGGUUCUCAUCAUAAGCCCCGCCUCCUCCAUGUGAACAGGUGGCACAUGUUUCUCAAACGUGGUCUCCGUCGUCGUCAUCGUUAGUUUUUAUCGAGCUGAUUAAUGUUCGUUUUGCCGACAUGUUCGGUCCAAUCAUUUACUGUGACAGAGGGUUGGGGUAAUGAUGUCAUGAUUGACAGUUCUGUUGCCCAAUGAGGCUCUUGCAGUGCCAUGUUGCAAAAACACCACCAUUAGGAGGAGAUGCAGGAGUGUCAUCCAUCUUUAUACACAUUUAGAGCCUGUGACUCAACAGUGUGUGUGUGUGUGUGUGUGUGUGUGUGUGUGUGUGUGUGUGUGUGUGUGUGUGUGUGUGUGUGUGUCACUGUCUGGUCCUGUCCCUCUGGCUGCAGCUCCGUCACAUAUUUGGCUGUACGCUCUGCUCUGCAGCAUGUUAGAGAGUGAUAAGAGCUGCUGUUUGACACACACACACACACACACACACACACACACACACACACUCUAACCGUUCUCAGACCCACAGGCUUUGGCACACUCAGUUUUUCUCUUUGUUUCAGAGCUGUGUGUUUGGGAAUCAUCCUACAAACUCUGGAAGGUUCAGAGAGAGAGUGUGUGUGUGUGUGUGUGUGUGUGUGUGUGUGUGUGUGUGUGUGUGUGUGUGUUAGCCCGACAGGGAGACAGGCCUCCCCAACACACACACCUCUGUUAAAGUAUUGAUGCUGAAUAGCUGGCAGUGACAGACACAGAUGUGUUGCCGAGGAUCAGAUUGAUGGUGAACGGAGCCUGCAGGAGGAUCGGGUCUGGGGGUCUGGGGGUCUGGAUCUGUGCCCAGGAUGGGGAAGAGGGAGAAGGAAGGAGGAGAGGAUGAAGUUAACGUUCUAGUCCAGUAGGCGGCAGUAUAAGUUUGCACUGAAACACACCUGUGUAUGAUGACAGGUGAGCACAGUCUAACACGAGGAUGAACGCUCACGUGUGAUUGGGGCUGUGAUGAGGUUGUUUUUAAGGAAUCCAUGUACUGUCAGUUUCCAUGGCGACAGACUAAGUGUCAUUUUUGGCGUGAGCUUAGGGUGUGAUUUGACAUCAUGAAUUCAGGUCUUCAAGUUCCUGGGUCACUGAUCAUCAUCUUUAUCAGGCUGAUACUCCAGAUCUACCGCAGACCAAAGACCACAGGGACCAGUUUGUCCUUGGAAGAGGAUUCAAGGGACUAAGUGGGUCAGGGCUCAACAGUGUGACGGUUUCACUCACAUUUGCAUCUAAAAAUAGAGGUGUGCGAAUUGUAAAAUGUAUUUAGGGGCACAUGUGCACAUAAAAAAAAUCAGCCGAGACAACAAAUGUUUAUUUUCCUGUAAAUACGGCGGUGAAGUUAGUUUCAGGUUGGAUAUAUUUUCCUGUAAAUACGGCGGUGAAGUUAGUUUCAGGUUGGAUAUGUUUUCCUGUAAAUACGGCGGUGAAGUUAGUUUCAGGUUGGAUAUAUUUUCCUGUAAAUACGGCGGUGAAGUUAGUUUCAGGUUGGAUAUAUUUUCCUGUAAAUACGGCGGUGAAGUUAGUUUUAGGUUGGAUAUCUGACGGACAUUCUCUGAGGAUCUACCGGUGUCUUCUCACUCUCCAUAACCGGAAAUAACAACAGCAGCGCGGUUAAAUCUACUCGACACCCUCACUGUCAACGUCGGUGUUGAAUAAGGGACCGUCAAUAAAUUUGUGCCCCUAAAGUUCUUUGUGAGCUUCUUACUUUUUCAAUUUAGGAGAGCAUGUGAAAAACGUUAGUGUCAAACCCUGUGGGUCCUGGUCCUGUUGGUUGAAGUGUUUACAAAUGAUCAAAUGAAUGAUAACAGGUGAUACAGGUGACACAGGUGAUGCAGGUGUCCUGUGAGGAUAAUUAGUCCGUGAACCAUCAGGACCCUCUGAGCCCCCCCCUCACUGAGGCCAUUGUGGAGAUGGAUUGUGGGAGUGGAGCUGUUUUGGGGCUCCAGACUGCAGCUGUUAGGGCCACGGGGGUUUGAGGGUUUCUGGGGGGGUCAGUAUGUAUUUGAGGACUGGAGCGUGCUGAUUGGUCAGAGUCAGCCCCUCUCUCUCUCUCUGGUGUUAUUUGGACGGAGCUGAACCCCUCACUGACUUCUCAAUUAGUGGGCGGCCUACCGGAACUGCCAGACACCACAACAACACACACACACGUACACACACACACUCACUCCUGACUCUGAUCUGUGUGUGAGUGGUGAUCAGCGACUCUGAGACACACUCUGAUUAGACCGACUCUGUCAGCGCUCUAUGACACACAUACACACACACACACACACACACACACACACUACCUUCUGAAAAUACCUGCUGGUUGUCGAAUGAUUGUGUGUGUGGUCAGUAACACGUCUACAUUAAACACACUGACUCUACAUGAUGUGACACACUGCUGCUAAAAGCUACAGACACACACUGUGAGGUUUGUGUGUUUUUACUCUGUGUGUGUGUGUGUGUGUGUGUGUGUGUGUGUGUGUGUGUGUGUGUGUGGUAGGAACUUUGUGUCCAUUAACCUCUCAGCACCACGUUUCUCCUCAUCCAUCCUGUCAUUACCUCUUUAACAACAACACCGCUGUGUGUGUGAGUGUGCGUGUGUGUGUGUGCAUGUGUGUGUUUGCUGCUCUCGAUCAGAGGAUUGAUCAGUCUGAUUAUCAGUGUUUCUGGUUUCAGUUGGUUUGUGUAGAAUAAUUCAGUUUCAUGUUGAUUCACACAGAAUUAUCAGUCAUGGUCUGAAAUUAACAAUUAAACACUUUUUCCAAAAAUUAAUUUAAAAUCCAUUUAAAACUCUAAAAUAAACAUAUUUAUUAGUUAACCCUUAAGUUAACAUGUUGAUGCUUCUUCAUCUUCAAACUUGUCAGGUUUUUAAAGGCUGUUGGUGGCGCUGCUGUAUCCUCCAUGUUUGUUUUGCUGCCUGUCUAAUCCAGUUUAAUCUAGAAUAAUCCAGUUUAACCUGGUUAUAUCAAGUAAAAUGAUGUAUAUCCAGUUUAAUCCAGUUAUAUCCAGUAAGUAAAGUUUUACCCAUCUUAACCCACUUAAACUGAGUUAAAUCUAGUUAAAUCCAGUUUAAUCCAGUUUUAGCCCAUCUCAAUUCCGGUUAACCCAGUUCAAUCUAGUGUAAUCCAGUUUAACCUGGUUUUAUCCAUUAAAAUUCAUGUAUAAUCCAGUUUAAAUCCAGUUAUAUCCAGUCAAACUAAGUUUUACCCAUCUAAACCCAGUCAAACGCUGUUCAGGUCAGUUGUAUCGACUUUACCUCAGUUAAAUCUAGUCAAAUCCAGUUUAAUCUAGUUUUAACUCAUCGUAAUCCAGUUAAACCCAGUUUAAACCAAUUUAACCCAGUUAAAUCUAGUCAAAUCCAGUUUAAUCUAGUUUUAACUCAUCGUAAUCCAGUUAAACCCAGUUUAAAUCAGUUUAACCCAGUUAAAUCUAGUCAAAUCCAGUUUAAUCUAGUUUUAACUCAUCGUAAUCCAGUUAAACCCAGUUUAAACCAGUUUGACCCAGUUUUACCCAGCCCUAAAUCUGACAUUACACCCUCAUAAAACAUGACCAACACAGAGCAGUGAGAACAGCGCUCACACUUUGAGCUCUGCGAGACAGUCUGAUUGAUCCAGUCUUGAUAGGAGUGAUUGACGGGUGUCACUGGGUUAGUAGAGGUCAAAGGUCAAAGCUCAUACCUGGAUGCAGCAGGCUGUGCUGCAGUAAAGCAGAAGUUUUAAGGUGUUUUUUCUCCUUAAAUUAAUCUGGUUUAGAGUUUAGUGUUUCUUCCUGAAGCUCUGUGUUUUUCCCUCUAAGCGUCUUUUUUUCUCUCUGCAGCAGUAAUUAGUCGUCUCUGAGCGUUUACGGGCUGACAGUCAGGCUAACAGCGCUCUGAACGCUCUGCAGUCUCUCACACAGCGGCCCAUAAUUCAUCAUUAGGAUAUCAGAGUCCAGGUGCAGAUGAGAACUGAUGUAGCCGGCAGCCGGCCACGUCGGGGCACUCAAGGAGGAAAAUCUUAUCCCAGGGACAAUUCCCAGGUCACGGCCGCCGUAAUUGAAAUAAUUUAGCCUCCAGAGAGGUUUAAUCAGCCGCCAUCACAGAGCAGAGGAACGCAGCCGUCUGUGUACACCGUCUGUCUGUCUGCAAACUCCACAUCUGCCCGAUCGAGAGAGCAAAGAAACCUGAUCGGAGAGAAAACGCUCCUCUAAACACAAAAAAACGCUUCAGCUCUGAGUAACGUGACGCUUCUGCAAAUUCAGUUAUCCAGACAAAGUUACUCUGGAGUGAUCUGUGUGUGUGUGUGUGUGUGUGUGUCUGUGUGUGUGUGUGUGUGUGUGUGUGUCUGCAGAGCCCCCCCAUCAGACACUGUGCUGUCUUCAGUGUUAUUAACCCUGAGCUCUAAUUAUACAGACUGUCACAGAUUUCCACUCUGUGUGUGUGUGUGUGUGUGUGUGUGUGUGUGUGUGUGUGUGUUGGGGGAGCUGAGGUGUGGGCUGGUUGUCUGCGUGGCGGGCGGACGAGCGGACGGCUGUGCUUUACUGAACUCGAACACAUUCAUCAUGUUGACUGAUGGCGGGGUGGCGGCGGGGGGUUGGCGUCCAGGGUCCCUCUGGUUAAUGUAGUGGGUAAUUAACUGUCAUUGGGCUGGUAAUAGGCCCAUGAUCAAUGGUUUGUGAGGAAACACAUUCUAAUCCUGCAGCUGAUGAAUGCACGCCAACGCCACCGCCAACACUGUUGCUGCCCGCCAUCAGGAGGAGAAGGAGGAGGGGGCUAAGCCGCCACUAGAAUAUAAAAUAACCCCCCCCAAAAUGGAUUAGCCUAAAAAGAUCAUUUGUUGGUCUUGAUGGAGCUGAAAACUCAGCCAGGUGAGCCGCAGAGCGAGAGGGCGGAGCUAUUCAUCAGAGUCAGCAGCAAACACACGUCUGAAUCACAACAUCAACACAACAACAUAAAACACAAUUUAAACACAUUUAUAAACAUCUGAGGCCAGUUUAGUCCAGUUAAGUCCAGUUUGACCCGUUUAAACCAGUGUAAUCCAGUUUUCCCCAGUUUAAUCUAGUUAAACCCAGAUUUAUCCAGUUCAAUCCAGUUAAACCUGGUUUUAACAGGUCAUUUAUACAAGUCAUUUAUAAUCCAGUUAAAUCAAGUUUUAUCCAGUUGAAUAAAGUUUAAUCAUUUAACCCAGUUUAAUUUAUUUUAAUCCAGUUUAAUUAUUUAACUCAGUUUAAUCCAGUUUAUCCCAGUUUGAUCACAUUUAAUUUAGUAAAUCUUGUUUAAUCCAGUGUAAUCCAGUUUAACUCACUUUAUUCCAGUUUAAUUUAGUUAAACCCAGUUUAAUCCAGUUAAAAUCAGUUUUACCCAGUCUAAUCUGGUUAAAUCCAGUUUAUUAUAGUUUAAUCCAGUGUAAUCCAUUUUAACCCAGUUUGAUUACAGUUUCAUCCAGUUUUAUUCAAUUUUAUCCAGUUUAUUCCACUUUAAAUCAGUUUUAUCCAGUCUAAUCAGGUUAAAUCCAGUUAAUUUUAGUUUAAUCCAGUUUAACCCACUUCAUUCCAGUUUAAUCCAGUUUAAAUCAGUUUUAUCCAGUCUAAUCUGGUUCAAUCCAGUUAAUUUUAGUUUAAUCCAGUUUAACUCUCUUCAUUCCAGUUUAAUCCAGUUUAAAACAGUUUUAUCCAGUCUAAUCUGGUCUUGGUCAUAAACAAUAAUGUCAUGACUUAUAAUUUUGAUAACACAGACACUUUCACUGACAUGAAUUCUUACUUUUAAGGAAUCAACCGUUCAUUUUGAGACAGUGACCCACUUUUGCAGGUUUUCCACCUGGUUUUACAGUUUGUACGAACUGUUCUGAGAAAUUCACCAAAGAGACAGGUUUGUAAAAGUAGAUCCUGGUUCCUGGUCUUCAUCGUGUGUCUUCAGGCCUUCAGCAGACCAGGUUCUGGAGUCUGACAAUGUUGGUCCCUUUCUGGUGUGAUAGAGGAUUUCAGCUGCUCCACCUUUCAGGGUCUCCUUGGUCCUGUUUUUGGGGUCAUGAUGCUCCAAAUGUUCUCAGCAGGACUCUUCUCCUACAGAGCCCGGCUGUUCAGGGUUUAGUUUGGACCUGCAGGAAUCAGCUGAUGAUGAUUUCUUUAUUUUUGCAUAAAAGAGGCGAGAAGAAGAAGAAGAAGAAGAAACUCUGAUCCUGGAGCUGAACUCAGUAAACUAGUUACUGCUGUCACAGACACGACUAACCUCUCUCUCUCUCUCUCUCUCUCUCUCUCUCUCUCGCUCAGGUUAUUCGGUGUAACAGGAAACUGCGCGGCGUGCAGUAAACUCAUCCCCGCCUUCGAGAUGGUGAUGAGGGCCAAAGACAACGUCUACCACCUGGACUGCUUCGCCUGCCAGCUCUGCAACCAGAGGUGAGUCAUGUGACCUCAGCAUCUCCUCACCUGUACCUGCAGGGGAAUACACACACACACAAACCCACACUGACCCUCCCCUUCCUCACCUGUGAUCCUCCCACCUGAGUGUGUAAGGAGGCUGUGAGGGUCCAGGCUGGGGGAGGAAGAAGGACUCAGAGACGAGGCGGGCAGUUAGCCACAGAUCAUCCUGAGGGGACAGGUAAUCGAUGAGCUGUCGUCCAGCCUCAUCAUCCAGACACCGCUGACCCACUUCCCCUGAUGAGCCCGAGGCCCAGAGGGAGGAGGGAGGGAGGGAGGGGGAGGUCAGCUCAGAAGGGAGGAUGCUCCUCUCCGACCUCUGGUUCUCCGAAAGUCAGAGUUCAGCUCGUUAAAGACAAACAGCCAAUCAGAGAUCAGCUGAUGUUUGAACUGGUAUCAGGUUCGUUUGGUCUGCAGGCUGGAGGGAAAGAUGGACCACGUGUCUCCAUCCUCGUCCUUGUCCGGUCUACCUCCGUUUUAAGCGCCCGUUAUUCCUCCAGAGUCUCCGGUAUUUACUUUGUUUUCUUGCUUGUGUCGGCAGUCGUGGCCAAAGGAGGAUUCAGACAAUUUUCCGAACUUUCUGGUUGGUUUCUACUGUCCGAUAUUGUAGCACGCUAACUUUGUUUGGGCUCCUGAACGACACGGGGGAGCAGCGUCUGCCUCACAACCAAUCAGGUUAGAGGAGGUGGAGAACGGCUUUGUUUACAGUCAGAAAGAGCGGACCGCUCAAAAAUGUUCAAAUGUUGACGACACAGACAGAAGAGAACACAGAGAUAUCGAUAUAUUACCAAAUGUCAUCAAUAACUAAUAACUAUUGACUGAUAUUAGAAGAUUUUUUGUAAAUAAACAACAAAAAAAGAUUCUUUAUUAUUGAGCUGAAUUAUGUUUGAUUGACAGCUGAUUUUGUGUUUUUGUUAGAUAUCAAACUUUUUUUUUUUUUUGUUUCUGAUAAAUUUCGGACUUUUCCGACUUUAUUAAUAAUAAAUCUUUCAAUCUUGUCGUCUGUAACGAGCGGCUCCUCCCGGCUCCUCCCGGCUCCUCUCGGCCUCCUGCGGUCUGACUCUGACGGUUGGACUCAUUCCUCGUCUCUCGCAGCGUUCGGUUUCUGUCUCUCAGUUUUUUGGAGCUUCACGCCGACUCCUCGCUGCAUCUCGCUCCCGAUAAUUGGUCCCUGAUGGACGAGACAAAUCACGCCGUCUCUCUGCCCUGCAGCGUCGAAUAAACACGGAGCAGAUACCUGAGCUCCUGCAGCAGCACAGACGUUAGCAUGCAGGGGAGUCAGGGCGCCCUCCCCCCUCCUCCCCCCCUCCUGUAAACAGCGGCGCGGCUGUUUGCCGACCUUGUCCAACCUGCACGCCGAGCGAGAUAAGCGGCCCUCAGGACAGCAGGGCGAGAGAAAACGUCCAACGCUGAAACAUAAUCUGCACUCAGCGCCGCGCUCGGAGGUCCACCUUCAGCACGCCGCCCCCCCCCCCCGCCCCUCACCCCCCCAUAUUGACAAAGCUAAGGAUGCUAACGCCUGUGAUGCUAACGCUAACCCUCUUUGUUCCGGCAGGUUCUGCGUCGGGGAUAAAUUCUUCCUGAAGAACAACAUGAUCUUGUGUCAGACCGACUACGAGGAGGGGCUGAUGAAGGAGGGAUACGCCCCCCAGGUCCGCUGACCCCCACAGACCCCCCCUCACCCACUGAGGAGAGAGAGAGGAAGGGGGGGAGAGACACUGCAGGAGAGCUCAUAAACUAUCAGCACUGUGGACGCUUCCUGCCCCCCCCCCACCGCCUCAACAUGUAUAUACACCCCCCCACCGCCACCCCGGGGAGGGACUCUGCUGUACAGAACAGCCAUAAAGACCCCCGGGGGGGAGGAGGGGGUGAGGAGGGUGAGGAGGGUGAAGUUUGUACAGUUUUCAGUUCAGAGGCGUUUCAGGAGCUCCGCCCCCCCGACCCCCUGACCUCCUACGAACAUUGAUCAGCUGAUGCCCCCCCGGACCCUCACAGUUCUUUGAGGAGUCAUCCUAGGAUCCUCUCUGAAUCCUUCACUUGCCUCCUUCCCUUACUUCCUUUCCACCAAAGAUAAUGAAGAGACGUGAGGAAAUAAGGAAAUGAGGAGAGAGGAAAAAGGAAACCACUUAGGAAGCAUGAGACGUCCUUUCCUCCACAGCGCCACUUUAAGUGACGCCUGUUUGUGAUGUCAGCAUCAGCUGAUCCCAGCAGGGACAGUCGGCGUAAUCAGCUGUUUUUGAUAUUAGACGCUCCUCUGAUUUCCCUCCUAUCUCCUCUCUCCUCUUUCCUGUCUCCUGUUUCCUCUCUCCUCUUUCCUGUCUCCUGUCUCCUCUCUUUUAUCUCCUAUCUCCUCUCUCCUAUCUCCUGUCUUCUCUCCCCUCUCUCCUUGUCUCCUCUCUCCUUGUCCUGACUCGUUUAGACUCUUUGAAUUCUGGGUAACAGCUGGAGGCAGGUCGCUGCACCGGUUAUACUGGUUGUGGGGGUCCUGGGUUCUGGUGGGGGUCCUGGGUUCUGGUGGGGGUGCUGUGGUCUGGUGGGGGUCCUGGGGUCUUUUUCUAAUUAAUUUAUUUGAUAAGUAUUGAUCACAUGUUGUCCUGCUCCGUCCGACUCUCGGACUAAAAUCAAUCCGACGGUUUCUCGGCGAUCUCUCUGCGGUUCUGAGGUCCGAAACUGGUCCGGGUUCAGGUCACAGAAGAACCGACAAACAAAAAAGACUGAAUUCUGAGUUUCUAACCUAUCAGAAACGUUCAGCUCUGCAAGCUCCGCCCACAAACCACCUUCAGAACCCUGAUGGAGGUGUGGCUUUACUGGACUGAACUCAGGUGAGCGUCGGUUCUGCUGCAGAGUUUCUGGACCGACAACCAGCUGAACAUGAACUCAGUGGAACCAGCAGACGUCUCCAAACCUGUAGGGGGCGCUGUGUUUGUGGAUUCAGAGAUUAAGGACGGUUCGUGUUUUCUUCCUGUCAGCUGACGUCUGGAUCGUCUGAAACGGAUGAAAUGGUCUUUGUUUGUAAAUUCUCGGUGUAGAUAAAGAGGUCGUCCGCUCUGCCUGCUUCUGUACGAAGAUUUCUUUUUCUGUGUCAUCAGCAUGAGAUGUUUAUUUUCAGGACAACACCGACUGUAAAUACUGAUAUUGUAAUAAUUUUAAGCACAAAUGUAAUACAGUUUUAUUGUGUUACCUCGGAGUCUCUGCUCUUUAUUCUUGACUCGGUGUGAAGCGCCCUCUGCUGGUCACGUUCAGCGCCUGCAGGCCUGAAUUUGUCUGAUCCAGCUUUUCUUCGGCUCCAGGAUCUCUGCAGGUUCUGUUUCGGUGCUG